AUGAUGGUGGAAUCCGCCUCGGAGACAAUCAGGUCGGCUCCGUCUGGUCAGAACGGCGUGGGCAGCCUCUCUGGGCAGGUCGAUGGCGGCGGCGGUGGCAGUGGUGGUGGUGGUGGCGGGGCCGCGGGCACUGCUGGAGGCGGUGCGGGCAGGGACACGGCUCCCGGCGCAGACAGCAACGGCGAGAUGAGCCCUGCGGAGCUGCUGCACUUCCAGCAGCAACAGGCUCUCCAGGUGGCCCGGCAGUUCCUGCUGCAGCAGGCCUCCGGCCUGAGCUCCCCCGGGAACAAUGACAGCAAGCAGUCGGCCUCUGCCGUGCAGGUGCCUGUGUCAGUGGCUAUGAUGUCGCCACAGAUGCUCACGCCCCAGCAGAUGCAACAGAUCCUGUCACCCCCACAGCUGCAGGCCCUGCUCCAGCAGCAGCAAGCACUCAUGCUCCAGCAGCUGCAGGAAUAUUACAAGAAGCAGCAGGAGCAGCUCCACUUACAACUCCUCACCCAACAGCAGGCUGGGAAGCAGCAACCCAAAGAGGCACUGGGGAACAAGCAGCUGGCCUUCCAGCAGCAGCUCCUGCAAAUGCAACAGUUGCAGCAGCAGCACCUGCUCAACCUGCAGAGGCAAGGGCUGGUCAGCCUGCAGCCCAACCAAGCCUCGGGGCCCCUCCAGACCCUCCCGCAAGCAGCCGUGUGCCCAACGGACCUGCCCCAGCUGUGGAAGGGCGAGGGUGCUCCCGGGCAGCCCGCCGAGGACAGCGUCAAGCAGGAGGGGCUGGACCUCACUGGCACAGCCACCACCGCUACCUCGUUCGCCGCCCCCCCCAAAGUCUCACCCCCCCUCUCCCACCACACCCUACCCAACGGACAGCCCACUGUGCUCACACCUCGGAGAGACAGCUCCUCCCACGAGGAGACGCCCGGCUCCCACCCCCUGUAUGGACACGGAGAGUGCAAGUGGCCCGGCUGUGAGACCCUGUGUGAAGACCUGGGCCAGUUUAUCAAACACCUCAACACAGAGCACGCCCUGGACGACCGGAGCACGGCCCAGUGCCGCGUUCAGAUGCAGGUGGUGCAGCAGCUGGAGAUCCAGCUCGCCAAGGAGAGCGAGCGGCUGCAGGCCAUGAUGGCCCACCUGCACAUGCGGCCCUCCGAGCCCAAGGCCUUCAGCCAGCCACUGAACCUAGUCCCCAGCUCCUCCUCCUUCUCCAAGGUGACCGUCUCCGCAGCCGACUCGUUCCCAGAUGGUCUCGUGCACCCCCCCACCUCGGCCGCCGCCCCUGUCACCCCACUCCGGCCCCCUGGCCUCGGCUCUGCCUCCCUACACAGCGGGGGCCCCGCUCGCCGGAGGAGCAGUGACAAGUUCUGCUCCCCCAUCUCCUCAGAGCUGGCCCAGAAUCACGAGUUCUACAAGAACGCCGACGUCCGGCCCCCCUUCACCUACGCCUCCCUCAUCCGCCAGGCCAUCCUGGAAACCCCCGACAGGCAGCUGACCCUGAACGAGAUCUAUAACUGGUUCACCAGGAUGUUUGCCUAUUUCCGGAGGAACACGGCCACCUGGAAGAACGCGGUGCGACACAACCUCAGCCUGCACAAGUGCUUCGUGCGUGUGGAGAACGUCAAGGGCGCCGUGUGGACUGUGGACGAGCGAGAGUACCAGAAGCGGAGACCGCCAAAGAUGACGGGGAGCCCCACCCUGGUGAAGAACAUGAUCUCAGGCCUCAGCUAUGGAGCACUUAACGCCAGCUACCAGGCUGCCCUGGCCGAGAGCAGCUUCCCCCUCCUCAACAGCCCUGGCGUGCUGAACCCCGGCUCCGCCAGCAGCCUCCUGCCCCUCAGCCACGACGACGUGGGCGCCCCCGUGGAGCCGCUGCCCAGCAAUGGCAGCAGCAGCCCCCCUCGCCUCUCCCCACCGCAAUACAGCAACCAGGUGCAGGUGAAAGAGGAGCCAGCCGAGGCGGAGGAAGACAGGCGGCCGGGGCCCCCUGGGGCCCCCAACCCCAGCGCGGUGGGGCCUCCAGAAGACAGGGACCUGGAGGAGGAGAUGCCGGGAGAGGAACUGUCCUAAGGGCCUUGGGGGCAGGCAGGGCAGGGGUGAGACCCCUCCCUCGGGAACCCAGGCCCCACCUACCCCACUCCACACCCCGCCCGCACCUCAAGGCACUUGCAGGACUCAGGCCAGCAACUCCCAAGGUGACCUGACCUACGACACUCGGGGUGGGCAGGGACGGGCUGCCCCCGAGGGGACACGGAACCCCUGGUCUGGGACCGGCAGAGGACACGGAGGGCCCAGACCCCUCCUCAGCCCCUCCCCUACAUCUGAAUCCCGCCUCCCCCCCAACCACCAGCAGCAGCAGCAGCAGGGCCCCCCUCCCCCACCAGCUCGCCCCCACAGGGCCCCUCAGCGCCAUGGAGACCCGCAGGCGGGGCUAAGCCACCCUCUCAAACCCAGGGCCCCCACACCUGACUCUGGCUGUGUUUUCUGGCCAGAGGCCUCCCCUCCCUAAUAAUCCACGCCUUUCCACCUUCUCCUCCGAACUGUGAAGAGGUAGCUCCACCCUACUCCUACCCCCUCCCUGGCCUGGGGUGGGGGCGCUGAAGUCUCGGAGCAGCCCGGCAGAAACCUGCCCUCCUCAGCGGUGCCCAUUCCGAAAGCCGCAGCUGGGAUGGGACAAGUCGGGACAAAGUGCCCUGGGCAGGAAGGGAUGCAUGGGAGCGGGCAGCAGGCUUCCAGCCCCUCCCCCAGGCUGAACUGGGCCUCCACCCCCGUUUGCGGGGUGCUGCUCCCCACGCCAGGGAGCGGAGGAAGAGGCCCUUGCCAGGUGGAGCCCCCAAAGGCAGCCGAGCGACCCUUGAGGCUGGAGUUGGGACCAGAGGUGGUGCCAGGACCGCGGGGAAGCGUCCACCUCAAUCCUGGGGAAAGGCCAGGCUGAAACCAGGCCUGAGGGGCGGGCAGGACGAAUACGGUGGCAGCUGUGACUCAACCGGUCACCCCCACCCCACCCUUCAGGUCCCCUGUGCGGUCUUUCCUUGCCGGCCCUCAGCAUCCCUCCCCUCCACCCCCCACCCCACCCCACCCCCAGUUACACGGAUGACCAAAGACCUUUCUUAUGCCGGAAGCAAAAACCAAAACUUUUUGUUGGCUUUUUCCUUUGUCGCCUCCCCCGGAGUCCCUGCUCCCCCAGCCCCGGGCUGGAAGCCCUCCCUCACUUAAGUUAUUGUUUUAAACCAAAGUUUACAGUGUCUGUUGGUGGCCAAGACCCUCUCUCCACCCUUCCUCCCCCUGCACCCUGAGGACCCUGGGACUCAGAAGAAGCUGGGGGCCCUGCUCACCUCCCCUCUGCUCUUGCCCAGCCUGGGGGAGGAAAGAGGGCAGAGGGGAGGAGCCGCAGCCCUCAGCACCCCGCGGGGUUCUCAUCCCCUUUGGGCGGUGGGCACGGGGGAGCCCUCUUCCCAACCCUGGGCUGCUUCCUGGGGGCUCUCCAAACCCCCCCCCUCCAGGACCAAGUCCCCCAUCACACUGGGAGUGUGGAUUCCAGCAAAGGCGCUGGAAAAAAAGACUCUCCACAGACCCCCUAUGGGGGACCCCAACCUAGGGCCAACGCGGGGUGUGUCGAUACUUCGGACCGUCCGGGCCCGGCCCCUUUGCUGAGAAGACUCCUUGGACGAUUUCUCAAAAGAACCCCACAUACACCCCCUCACAAGCCACCCCUCCCGAGAGGCAGGGGGCCCUCCGCCCUCUCCCCUGUGUACUCCCCACCUGUGUUCUGUUUGACCAGCACAGAAAUAUUAAACGUCCUCUAUUCACCGGG